AUGGCUGUAACAAGAUCACAGCGUUCUAUUUCCCUUGUACAACUCAAUGAGUCUCAUGCGGCCGGCUCUGUCGAGGCAAACGGCUUUCCAGGUUUGCCUGCUGAGGUACCAGAUGAUGAUGGAACAAGUCACAACUAUACCUCACACGAAGCAAAUGAUAUCAUCACUCAGAGUCUUCGACCAGUGGAUGGAGGAUAUUCUGCUUGGAAGGUGCUUAUCGCUGCCUUUAUUUUCGACGCCCUCUUAUGGGGCUUUCCAAUGAGCUUUGGCGUCUUUCAGAAUUACUACUCUCAGCUGCCAGGGCUAGCAAGAAGCAAUGUGGCCUUGAUAGGAACGACCGCACAAGGUCUUUACUUCCUGGGAGCACCCUUCAGCGCCAUGGUCACGAAAAGAUUCCCCAGAUAUCAGCGGCAACAGAUAUGGAUCUCUUGGCCGCUUUGCAUCUUAGGGCUUCUCGCCGCAUCAUUCUCGUCUACGCUUGGCGGCCUUGUCGCGACACAGGGAGUCAUGUACGGCGUUGGCUUUGUCAUGUUGGCCUACCCCAUCGUCAGCAUGCUGAACGAAUGGUGGGUCGUGCGGAAGGGAAUGGCAUUCGGACUCCUCUCGGCGUCAUCUGGUGUCACUGGCGUCGUGAUGCCAUUUAUCAUCGAAGCAAUGUUGAGAAGGUAUGGCCACAGAACAACACUGAGAGCAUCCGCAGUCGCUAUGGUGGUCCUCACUGCGCCUUUUAUUCCACUCUUGGAAGGUCGCCUGCCUCCCUCCGAGCACAGCACGAUGUCGAGGACAAAUUGGUCGUUUCUGAAGAAGCCACUGUUCUACGUCUUUUGCUUUUCAACGAUGGUCCAAGGGCUGGCAUUCUUCAUCCCGCCCGUUUUCCUACCCUCUUACGCAGCAGAUAUUGGUCUAAGCUCCACGCAAGGAGCUCUUCUUCUCGCACUGAUGUCUGCGGCUCAAGUUUUCGGACAAUUCGCUUUUGGCUACCUCUCAGAUAAGCGCUUUUCAGUGACCUCGCUUGUCUUAGUGUGUUUGGUAUUCUCUGCGGGUGCCACAUUUGUCUUCUGGGGACUCUCCAAAUCCCUUCCGAUGCUUGUCACGUUCAGCAUCAUCUAUGGUGUUUUCGCCUUUGGGUUUGGAACGAUGCGUGUGGCAAUGGGGACCGCCGUGAGUGAUGACCAAUCUGCUAUGGUGGCCACAUACGCCAUUCUUGUCUUUCUUCAAGGAAUAGGGAACGUGUUGGUGUCGCCGAUAAGUGCUGGCCUUAUCUCCAACGGUGUUUCUCUUUCGGAUUUUGGCGCCUCUUCGUACAAAUGGCUUAUAGUCUUCACUGGCGGAUGCAUGGUUCUUAGUAGCAUACCAAUCGGCCUGCAGUAUAUUGGAGUGGGUAUCAUAAAACACAGCCGUCGAUCGGGCUGA